ACACCUCUCUCUCUCUCCCUCUCUCUCUCUCUCUCGUGCGUCUUGGCGAGAACAAAGUGUGUGUGAGUUCGGAUCCCACGUUCAGAUCCUGAGUUUGUUUUUGAAGAUAUGGGACCUGCGAUUUUGCCAGAUCUCGGGACCGAGAUCUUGAUCCCGGUAUGCGCCGUCAUCGGGAUCGGUUUCGCGGCGUUUCAGUGGUUCCUCGUCUCUCAGGUGAAGCUCGUCUCCGGAGCCACCGCGAGCUCCGGCAGCCGGAAAAAUGGUUACGACGAUUACCUCAUCGAGGAAGAGGAAGGUCUCAAUGACCACGCCGUCGUCGUCAAGUGCGCCGAAAUCCAGAACGCCAUCUCUGAAGGGGCCUCGUCCUUCCUCUUCACCGAAUACAAGUAUGUCGGCAUUUUCAUGGCUAUUUUCGCCGUCGUGAUUUGUGUGGCCCUUGGAUCCGUCGAAGGGUUCAGUACCAGCAAUCAGCCUUGCAAUUAUGACAAGACUAAGGAGUGCAAGCCCGCUCUUGCUACUGCUGUCUUCAGCACCGUAUCCUUCUUGCUCGGGGCCAUCACUUCUGUGGUCUCGGGGUUCUUGGGUAUGAAAAUCGCUACUUAUGCCAAUGCAAGAACCACCCUCGAGGCAAGGAAGGGUGUCGGGAAGGCUUUUAUCACUGCUUUCAGAUCCGGUGCCGUCAUGGGUUUCCUCUUGGCUGCAAAUGGCCUUCUGGUGCUCUACAUUACCAUCAACGUUUUCAAGUUGUAUUACGGUGAUGACUGGUCUGGACUGUUCGAAGCAAUUACUGGUUAUGGCCUUGGAGGCUCAUCCAUGGCACUCUUUGGAAGAGUUGGUGGAGGCAUCUACACCAAGGCUGCUGAUGUCGGUGCUGACCUUGUCGGCAAAGUCGAGAGGAACAUCCCAGAGGAUGACCCAAGGAACCCGGCUGUGAUUGCUGACAAUGUCGGUGACAAUGUUGGAGACAUCGCUGGUAUGGGAUCUGAUCUUUUCGGUUCGUAUGCCGAGUCAUCUUGUGCUGCCCUCGUUGUCGCGUCCAUCUCUUCCUUCGGUGUCAACCACGAGUUUACCGCCAUGCUUUACCCUCUCAUCAUCAGUUCUGUUGGUAUUAUCGUAUGUUUAAUCACCACACUGUUCGCAACUGAUUUCGUCGAGAUCAAGGCGGUGAAAGAAAUCGAGCCAUCGUUGAAAAGGCAGCUAAUCAUCUCCACAGCUCUUAUGACGGUUGGAAUAGCCGUAGUUAGUUUGAUUGCUCUUCCAUCUUCCUUCACAAUCUUCAACUUUGGAGAACAGAAAGUUGUCAAGAACUGGCAGCUAUUCUUGUGCGUUGCUGUCGGUCUCUGGGCAGGGCUCAUUAUUGGGUUUGUAACGGAGUACUACACGAGUAACGCCUAUAGUCCGGUGCAAGAUGUUGCUGAUUCCUGCAGGACCGGAGCAGCCACGAAUGUCAUUUUCGGUCUAGCUUUGGGAUACAAAUCCGUAAUCAUCCCCAUAUUUGCCAUCGCGGUUAGCAUCUUUGUAAGUUUCAGCUUCGCUGCCAUGUACGGUAUCGCAGUUGCGGCCCUCGGAAUGCUUAGCACCAUCGCCACUGGAUUGGCCAUCGAUGCUUAUGGCCCGAUCAGUGACAAUGCUGGAGGAAUCGCUGAAAUGGCCGGUAUGAGCCACAGGAUCAGAGAGAGAACAGAUGCUCUUGAUGCUGCAGGAAACACCACUGCCGCAAUCGGGAAGGGUUUCGCCAUUGGUUCGGCCGCUCUCGUUUCCCUCGCUCUAUUUGGCGCCUUUGUCAGCCGAGCUGGAAUCUCCACCGUCGAUGUAUUGACCCCUAAGGUUUUCAUCGGUCUCCUCGUCGGGGCGAUGCUCCCAUACUGGUUCUCGGCUAUGACGAUGAAGAGUGUCGGAAGUGCGGCCCUCAAGAUGGUCGAGGAAGUCCGGAGGCAAUUCAACACCAUCCCGGGACUCAUGGAGGGAACCACGAAACCUGAUUACGCGACUUGCGUUAAAAUCUCGACCGACGCUUCCAUCAAAGAGAUGAUCCCUCCGGGUGCGCUCGUGAUGCUUACCCCUCUCAUCGUCGGAUUCUUGUUCGGCGUCGAGACACUUUCCGGUGUUCUAGCUGGUUCUCUUGUCUCUGGUGUCCAGAUCGCGAUCUCUGCGUCCAACACUGGCGGCGCUUGGGACAACGCGAAGAAAUACAUCGAGGCGGGCGUGUCAGAGCACGCGAGAUCUCUGGGGCCGAAAGGAUCGGACCCGCACAAGGCGGCUGUGAUCGGAGACACGAUCGGAGACCCGCUCAAGGACACGUCGGGUCCGUCUCUGAACAUCCUCAUAAAGCUAAUGGCCGUCGAGUCUCUCGUCUUCGCUCCCUUCUUCGCCACCCACGGAGGCGUCCUCUUCAACCUGUGGUAAACCUCGUCUCGCGUAAUGUUUUUUUUUUUUUUUACUAUCUUUUAGGUGAGAGCAAUCGUCGGUCGGAAAGAUUUGCUUCCUUCGAGUGAGUGAGUGAGUGUAAUGAGAUGAGGAUGAGUUUUCUCUUCGAGUGAAAGAUGAGAUGAUGAUGAUCAUGAUGAUGAUGAUGAUGAUGAUGGUGAUGGUUAAAUGUUUCACUCUCCUCCUCUGUUUUCAUAUCUCUAGCAUAUUCUGAAUCUAAAUAAAAUAUAUAUAUCACCACUUAGUCGUUGA